AUUAUCCAGGGCACUCAACCCCGGCUUCCGGGGAUGGGAUCGGGUGUUUCGCGUUCCGCCCCGGGCCGGCCUGAGCCCCGAGGUCUCUGGUGACGGGUGGACGCGGGAGGCGGCCUCAGGCUCAGGACCUGCUUGCUCCCGCCACGGGCGCCACGGGCUGACCUUGGCCGCCGCUCAUUGGCUGCUCUUGCUGACCUUGGUCCAAGGUCGGGGUCGAUGGCAACUUGGGCCGCCUCAAGCCUGAGCAGGGUCGCUGCCGGGUGCCUGUGGGGGGCGCGAGGCCCCGGGGUCCGGGCGGCUCUUCCUCCCACCCUCGCGGCCUCCCAGCCUGAGCCCACGGGCCGCAUCCCCGUUCCGGGCAGGACGCUGCACCUGACCGCGGCGGUCCCCGCCGGGCACAACAAGUGGUCCAAAGUCCGGCAUAUCAAGGGUCCCAAGGAUGCCGAAAGGAGUCGCAUCUUCUCCAAGCUCUGUUUGAGCAUCCGCCUGGCAGUUAAAGAAGGAGGCCCCAACCCUGAGCUCAAUAGCAGUCUGGCCAACAUCUUAGAGGUGUGUCGCAGCAAGCACAUGCCCAAGUCAACGAUUGAAGCAUCGCUUAAAAUGAGGAAAGCCAAGGAUGUUUAUUUGCUGUAUGAGGGCCGAGGCCCUGGUGGCUCUUCUCUGCUCAUUGAGGCAUUAUCUAACAGUGGCUCCAAAUGUUAUUCAGACAUCAGACAUAUCCUGAACAAGAAUGGGGGAAUGAUGGCUGAUGGAGCUCGCCACUCUUUUGACAAAAAGGGGGUGAUCAUGGUUGGAGUGGAGGACAGAGAGAAAAAAGCUGUGAACCUAGAGCGUGCCCUGGAGCUGGCAAUUGAAGCAGGAGCUGAAGAUGUCAAGGAAACUGAAGAUGAAGAGGAAAAGAACGUUUUUAAAUUUAUAUGUGAUGCCUCUUCACUGCAUCAAGUGAGGAAGAAGUUGGACUCCCUGGGCUUGUGUUCUGUGUCCUGUUCACUAGAAUUCAUCCCCAACACAAAGGUGCAGCUGGCUGACGCUGACCUGGAGCAGGCCGCCCUUCUCAUCCAGGCUCUUGGCAACCAUGAAGAUGUGAUCCAGGUCUAUGACAACAUUGAGUAACCAGGCUCUCUGUGCCCCUGGGGUCCUUCCUAGGCAACCUGCAGCUCAUUCUGGAGCAUAGGCUUCUGCAGCAACUCUGAGAUUGAAGCAGAUUGGAGGCCUAGCAGGUUAGGAGGCAUAAAAUCAAGACCUGGAGCUUUGUGGCCAAGGGAGUCACUGCAUCUCAAUGGGGCCUCUUUGUCAGCUCUGCUGGUGUCUCGCAGCCCUGCUGGAUGCAAAGUGGAGCCAACCAGCUAAUCAGAUUCUGAUCUUAGGAAGUUGGCCCUUGUGGGAAUGGCAGGUGCCCUGAAGGCCCUUGUACUAGAAACUGCUCUUAUAUAAUAUAACUGAUCUGGGUUGCUAAACUCAUAGUGUAUAGCUCUUGCAUUUUCCUGGGUUUUUAUCCAGCUAUUGGGACCCUCUUGACUUCCUUUGAAGUCUGUAGGUUUAGUUCCACUACUCCAGUCCCAGGACUUUUUUUUUUUUUUUUUAAUUGACCAGAGAAAUGUAGAUCUCUACAGGCACCACUCUGUGCUGGUCUGGUGGCCCAAAUGUGUCAUUUGUCAUGCAAAUAGUAUUUGUCAAACACUUAUGUACCAGGAACUGUAUUUAACAGGAGCACAGGGGAUCCCUGGGUGGCUCAGCGGUUCAGCACCUGCCUUUGGCCCAGGGCGUGACCCUGGAGUCCUGGGAUCGAGUCCCGCAUCGGGCUCCGGGCAUGGAGCCUGCUUCUCCCUCUGCCUGUGUCUCUGCCUCUCUCUCUCUCUCUCUCUCUCUCUCUCUCAUGAAUAAAUAAAUAAAUAAUUAAAAAAAAAUAAAAUUAAAAAAAAAAAAAACAGGAGCACAAACUGUUCAGUUGGUACUCUGUGUUAGAUCCUGCUCUAAGACAUAGGACCUCUGAGGUCAGACACAGGACUUCUGUCUGCUGGAGCUAUCCUAGGGCAGCAGGAGCUAUACAUGCAUCCUUGUUAUUUUCGUGUGGUCUCUGUGCCCUCCUUCUGCCAAAGAGCUUAAGGCUCUAACUCAGUAGGAAAUCCAGUGCCAAUGUUAAGGGACUCCCAGGCCCUGCUUCAUCCAGACCCCCUUGUGUUCUGAGAUUGAUCAGAGCAGACCUUUCAGCAUAUUGGACUGCUCUCAGGAGAGGCGAUGACAAGCUGGUUCUCAAAGCUACUUGGUUACCAGAAUGCCCACUCGAGCCCCUUUUCAUCCCUGCUGGCAAAUGAUGGGGCAUUGGCAACUGGAGAGGAAAUGAGAAUAGAAGGAAGGGUGAAGGACUGACUCAGAUCCUGGCAAGCUGGGAAAUAGGGCCCUUUAUUUAUUUAUUUAUUUAUUUAUUUUUUUUGCCCUUUAUACCUUUUCCCCUUAAGUGUCACUUUUGAGUUUAGAAAGACCAGGAGUGCCAAUCACCUAUUAAAUAUGUCAGGAGCCCAUUAAAUAUGUCAGGCCUGGAAUGGCUUUUUGAUCCCUGUUAUUUACCUACUCUUAAGUUGUUUAAACCAUUUCUGAGAUCAGAAUAAUUUUCCUGAAGGAGCUUCAGGUAAAUGAGGAAAAGAACAAAAUCCAAAUUGGCUGACUAUAAAUAAUAACUUCAGCUUCUAGGAAAAACCGGUUACUAAUUCCAUGAUGACUUUAGCAGUUGGAGAGCAAAGGCUAAGGAAAGAAAAAAAAAACAAUGAAAUAAUCCAUGAAAAUGCCAAAGCAUAUGCUCUUCCACCUCACUUCAUAAUCAUGAUACUACCUGGCAUUCUUUAGUUUGUUUUGUUUUUUAAAAGUUAGUGUGUGUGUGUGUGUGUGUGUGUGUGUGUGUGUGUGUGUGUGUGAGAGGAAGAGGGAGAAUCCCAGGCAGGCUCCAUACUCAGUACACAGCCUGAUAAUCGGGCUCAGUCUCAACCUGGAGAACAUGACCUGAGCCAAAAUCAAGAGCCAGACACUUUGACUGAGCCACUCAGGUGCCUCACAUUCUUUAGUUUUUAUAGGAGAUAACUCAUCAAAAUAUCUGAUGAGCACAUUCUUAAAAUAGUGCAAUUUAAAGUUUAAGUGCUGCUUUGUAAUUUAUAGAAUACUUUCUUAUGUUAUUUGAUUUUCACAGCAAGACUGAAAUAAUCAGGCCAAUUUUAUGCACAAAUGGUCACAUAGCAAGCAGGUGAGAAUAGGCCUAAUACUACAUCUUACAUUGAUCUUGGUUUAUAAAAAUAGCUGUUUUGUAAAUGUUGAUUAUAAUUAUGAUAUAAUUUGGAAGAAUCUCCUAAUUUCUGGUCUGAGAAGUCUGCACCAGGAGAGCCUACUGUGGAAGGGAACUUGGCUAAUCAUGUACUUGUGAAUAGUCCUCUAAUAGAUAGGAUUUAAGGAUUUUUGUAACUAGUUUUCUUACAGCAGGGCUUUGGAUGGCUCUGCACUGACCCCUGGUGGUGCCCUGCAGUCUUUCCUGCAGCUAGCAUGGCAAAGGCAGAAAUGAAACCUUAUUUGGACCUGUACUGCCUCUAACUCUGCUAACGAGACCCUUAGCUACAUAGGUUAAAUAACUAUUUAACUGAAUAGUUAAGCAGAGAGAAUAUGAGUUAUUCUGCCACUAAAAAUUAUUUUCUAAAGAAUAUUUUAUGUCAGAAAAUGUUUACAGUGUAAUGUUAAAUGGAAAACAAAGAUGUAAAACUCUGUAUAGUAUGAUCCAAAUUUUAAAAUAUAGUCAUACUUUAUCUAUGGACUUAAAAAGACUAGAAGGAAGUGUAUCAGAAUCUCAAAACUGGUUAUCUCUGGGUGGUGAUGUCACUUUUCAACAAUCAUAUAUUUAAUCAGGGGGAACAUUUUUUAAAAAAGAAAACAAGUCACAUUAUUGUCCAGCUAGGGAGACAGCAUGUGAGAGGCCAGGAGUCAGGCAUACCUUAAAGUCAAAAGAAUGAGAUCUGGUCUUGGCUUGCCUUUGCCUUAUCUUUGGUCAUUGUCUUAGCAGACAGAAUCAUUCAAUGCCUUGCAGCUGGCUUCGGCUCACUUUCAAGUGACCUUUCCAUGGGAUGGAAGUAUUUGUGAUAGGUUCCAUCCAUAGCCUUGACUCUUACAGGAAGCGUUCACGUGGUACAUAGCUGCCUUCCUUCUGCCAGAGGCCUCAGCCAACAGUGGAAAUUCAUAGGCUGAGUUACUCUUUUGGGGUUUUUUUCUGUUUUGUUUUUUUUGCUUUACUCUCUGAUACUUAGAGCACAAGAGUCAAUAAAACUUCACACUCGAAGAGACCCCAACUUGUAGACUUUUAUUUGAAUUGCUGGGGACACUUCUGGAACCCUUCUGAAGAGGAAAUAAAUGACCCAGUAGGUCUGGCCAGGGCAAGUGUUAGGAUAGAUACCACACUAGUUUUGACCCAAACCGCUUUCUUCCUUAUGCCCUCCCCAGACACUGAGGAGGAUAGUAGUUUUUACUUUUCCUCUUGUCUUUCUUUUGUCCAUGUGAAAGAGGUAACAUCUAUGGUUUUUGAAUGAGUAAGUGAACCUCAACUGGAGGGAUUCCCUUCCUCCUAAAAUAUAACCACCAUUAACAAUCUACUCUGUAUUCUACUUAUUGGAACCAAUCUACUGGGGAACAAAUUUCAACUCUUAAUUGCCAGAAACCUUGGACAAGAACUUAACCUCUUUGCACCUCUUUGUCUAUAAAAUUAGGAUAAUAGUACCUAUCUCAUAGGGCUAUUUUGAGAAUUAAGUAAGUUAACCUAUGUUAAUCACUUAAAAGAGUGCCUGGCAAUAGUAAGUGCUCAAUAAAUGUUGGCCUUUUUCCCCCCACUAAGUUUGAAUGAACAUUUUUUAAAAACUGAAAUGUGAUCACCCUGUACGUUUCUGCUUUAUGAGUUUUUGUUUUUUUCACUUCACAAUGUAUCCUGGAUGCUGCAAUGAACAUUACUUAUCUUUGCUCACUUGCAAAGUGUUCCUUAGGAUAAAUUUAAAGUGGAAUUUAUAAAUGAAAAGCAAUUUUUCUCUAUUAGUUAAUGUCAGUAAUAUAUAAAAUAUCAUGGUUGUAAAAAUCUUCAGUGGUAUACAUAUCAUUCAUUAACAAUGCAGAUAAAAUAACUGGUUGAACUGGUGAUUGAAUAUAUUCUUUACCUCUGAAUUAAAGGAAUUGUCAUCAGGGUG